AUGUUUUCAAUUUUAUGUUAUAUCUUUAGUAUAACAUCGAGUAUAAAAAUUGAUGAAAUUCGUAAUCACUUAGGUACAAGAACACCAUAUAGAUUUAAAUCUAAUGAGCAAGUUUUUAAAAUAAAAUAUAACCAUUGUAAGGAUGCCAAAAUAUGGAUGAUGGUACGCCACGGGACACGGUUACCUAGUGCUAAAGAUAUACGGCGUAUGAACAGUACACUUAAAGACUUGAAGUAUGAAAUUCUAAUGCAGAACAGACUAAAAAAAGGGUUAUUAAAUUCUCAAGAGUUGGAUGCAUUUAAAGAAUGGUCUAGUGAUUUAGAUAUUAAUCAAGAGAAAUUUUUGACAUAUGAAGGAAAAGAUGAAAUGAUAUUACUAGCUGAGAGAACUCAGAAAAGGUUUCCUAAUGUAUUAAAGCGGAAAUAUAAUAAUCAUUCAUUUGAGUUUCGUUACACAGCUACACAGAGGGCUCAACAAAGUGCCAGAUACUUCACAAUUGGAUUAUUUGAUAAAAAGGAUGCUCAGAAUGUCAUUUUCUCUCCAGCAACAAAAGUUGAUAUGCAUUUAAGGUUUUAUAAACAUUGUGACAAGUGGCAAAAGCAAGUUAAGAAAAAUCCCAAUACAUAUAAGGAACAAAAAAAAUUUGGUAAAAGUCGUAUAAUGAAUGACACACUUGUAUCUGUGUCUCAAAGGCUUGGUCUCAAUAGAACAUUGAGUCUAGGCACUGUAAAACUCAUUUACAAAACUUGCGGUUACGAAACGUCAUGGCGUAAGCACCAUUUAUCACCAUGGUGUCAUGCAUUUGAUCACCGUAGUGCUGAGGUGAUGGAGUAUUAUAUCGAUUUAAGACAUUAUUGGUUGGAUGGCUACGGACAUAAUUUAUCAUAUCGUCAAGCUUGCAUCUUAAUGAAGAUUAUGUUUGAAAGGUUUAGACGUAAUGGGCCAGAUGCAACAUUUCUUUUUGCUCACUCUGGCACUCUCUUAAAGCUGUUAACCAAAUUGCAACUUUAUAAGUCGGAGCGUCCUCUAACUGGAGAUGAGAUGGACAGGAACAGAAAAUGGCGGGCUUCUGAAAUCGAUUGUUUUGCAUCGAAUUUAGCUUUUGUGUUAUAUAAAUGUAAAGAUGGAGAUCACAUAUUGACUAUGCACCAAGAGCGAAUCGUCAAGUUACCGAUGUGUGAUAAGGAACUUUGUCCCUUAACUACAUUAUGGAACUACUUUCGAGAAUCUAUUAAUGAUUGUGAUAUAAAUGAUAUGUGCAGACUUAACUGA